UGGCAUCUCAGGUGCCUAAGAAACUCUCCAGCAUAAAAACUGUUGUGCCUUUAGCUAGCAGACAUGCUGCGGCAGGCUUGGAAGGGAGGAAUAUCAGGAGAGCUGGAAUGGAAAAGACGCAGAAAUGUCCUUCUCAGUUUCCAGUGGUCCAGGACGUUGGAUAUAGCAUUGCAGGAAGAGGUGACAUGAAGGUCUGUGAAAAUACCAAUUGCACCUGGAAGGGGUGCCGAGGGGGGAACCAAAAUGAGUUUAGAGCUGUUACCAAGAUGAAGCCUUCCGUACCAAUGGAGCCAGAAGUGAGACUUCAUAUUACUGGCUUGCGCAAUGAUUACUAUCUAAACAUACUGGACUGGAGCCUUGAAAAUCUCAUUGCUAUUGCUGUAGGACCUGCUGCACACAUCUGGAAUGGAGAAACCCUUCAAGCCAUUGGAAGCAUUGAUUUGAAUUCCAGUUCCAAAUACAUUUCAUCUCUAGCUUGGAUAAAAGAAGGAACUUGCCUUGCAAUUGGCACCAGUGAUGGAGAAGUGCAACUGUGGGACAUUGAAACCAAAAAGAGGUUGAGAAAUAUGUUUGGUCACCUGUCCGUGGUUGGAGCACUGAGCUGGAAUCAUUAUAUUUUGAGCAGUGGUUCACGACUAGGAUCUAUUCAUCACCAUGAUGUUCGGGUUGCUCAGCACCAUGUUGGGACUCUUUGCCAAAAUAAGCAAAGCAUUUGCAGCUUGAAAUGGUCACUAACCAACCAGUUGCUGGCAAGUGGGUCUAGUCAUGGUAUAUUGAAUAUCUGGCCUAAUGACCCUGGUGUGAAAUUGCAGUUACAGCCACUGAAAACCAUACCACAUUCCUCAGCAGUUAAGGCUAUGAACUGGUGUCCUUGGCAGUCCAAAGUCCUUGCUACAGGGGGUGGAAUGAAAGAUGGGAUUUUGCGUGUCUGGGACAUUAAUCAUGAGAAAAUCAUUCAAAGUGCAGCUACAGAUUCUCAGAUUUGUUCCUUGCUCUGGUUACCCAAAACCAGCGAACUGAUGACUGGACAUGGCCUUCCUGGACAUCAGAUGAAAAUAUGGAAGUAUCCCAUUCUUAUCAAUUCAUCAGAACUCUAUGGUCACAAAGGGAGAGUCCUCCACACAGCCCUGAGCCCAGAUCAGAGCAGGCUCUUUUCUGUUGCGGCUGAUGGGACAGCUUGUCUAUGGAAAUGCCAUGAGCCUGGGGAGAACAA